UGAAACAGGGACAGUGUCCAUGCCAGAGACAGGCAUUGAAACAGGGAUAGAGGCCACUCCAAAGACAGGUAUUGAAAUAGAGCAAAGGGUAACAAAAGGGACAGGUACCACAGCAGGGUUCGGCAUAACAGAGUCAAGCUUAAAAACAGAGGCAGGCACAGAAAUAUGGGCAGAGGCCAUUGCAGGGAUAAGUAUAGAAACAGAGACGGGUAAAGAGACAGACCUAGAAGCAGUGGCAGGGGCCACGACUGAGACAGGCAUAGAAAAAGAGACAAGGGCAACAGGAGGGAGAAGUUUGAAAAGUUUGUUCAAAGGCAUGGUGGAAUCCAAAAUUUCAGAAGCAAUAACAAAAUCAGGAUUACGACAAUGGAAAUUUAAACAAAAUGGAGAUACAGGACAGAAAACAAUUGAUACAGAUGGACAUGAUACAAGAGCACACAGGUUCGAGGCAUCAACAGAGGGGAACAGCAACCAGCCGACAACUAACACCAAGGAAGUCAAGAAAAAACAUCAAGAUGAUAUGCUGUGCAAACUGGGCCUGAAGGACUAUUAUCCAAGCAGGAUUACAUUAAGUACUGUCCUUCAAAUUGGUAAAGACAGCAUCACAGAUGAACCAAUUCAGUCACUAAAGAAACUUCCUUGGCGCUUUAUAAAAAGGCUGAUGAUGGUAAAUGUGACAACUAGUAUUUCUGAGCUCAUGGGUGAACGUGAUCAUAAUGUCCAAGAGAGUAAUACAAUCAACCCACUUGAUCUCUUAACAGCACUCUUUCUGUGCUCAGAUAGCUUCCUGCAGCAGGAAAUGAUGUUAAAAAUGUCAAUGUGCCAGUUUGCUGUGCCGCUCCUGCUCCCUAACUGUAGCUCUAAUCAGUGCACAUUAAUGCUGUGGGCCAUGCGAGACAUUGUGAAGAAGUUUAGACCUCAUUCAUUAACAGAUUCAGAAGGGUUUGUAGAAGACAGUAUAGUCAGCACUCCCAUGCCAAUGGUCUCCUUUGUCAGGCUGGGUGACUGCAGUUUAUCAAAGUCUCAGAUUCUGAAUAAGGUGCUCAGUAACCCCCAGCAGUACCAUGAUUUCUUUACCCAUCGUGAUAUGGAGUGUGGUGAUGUUCCACGCAGAAUUUCAAACGGUCUAGUUGAGAUAGCAUGGUACCUUCCUUGUGGAAAGAAAAACCUGGACAUCUUUCCAGAACCUGUAGCUGUUGCCAACCUUCGUGGAGACAUCAUUUCAUUUGACAAACAAUUUUUCUUCUUAUGUCACAUAUCUUCAGCAGUCUUUGUUAUUUUUGACAGUAGCACAGAGAGAGAGUGCAAUCUCUUAAAAUGUCAUGGAGCCAAAUUGUUUUUGGUUGAAAAUUGUUCAGCGAAGACAGAGGACAAUGAUGAUGCUCGGAAAAACUUGGCAUCAGCAUUAAAAUUAAAACAACAUCAAAUUCUUUUAAAGAACAAGCGGAUCAAUGAAGCAAACUUUGUGAAGAAACUGCGCUCAACUAUGAAGGACGUCAUUGCAAACCAUCCACAAAACAUGACAUUAGAAGGCACAUCACAUCCAGCACAUAACAUGGGGAUUGCUGUAGAUGAAGACUGUACUAAAUGUCAGAAAGCUAAGAGAAGUGCUGAAGAAAUAACAUCUGGAAUCAAAGAUGUGGUGAAAUAUAAAGAGGAUCAGUUACCUUUACAAGGGAAGCCUUGUAGGGAUUUGGCUAAAAUAGAAAAGGAGGAAUGCAGACUAUGGAAAGCAGGAGACCAGCCUAUUGAAGCCUACAAGAUGAAUCUCCAAACAGAAAAACAGAAACUACGACAAAAACAAAUCAGCUAUAAAAUAACUGAAGCAAUGCAGUGUUUCAUCACUGCCAUAUCCAAUGAAAGCAAAGAAGAACGAUCCUAUUUUCUAAAGUGGUUGAGAAUGAACUUGGAUGCUACAGCAAGAUCAAAACUUUCAAGUCUUCGUGACAAAUACAAAUUAUUUUUUUGCAAUUUGUCAGAGAACAAAGACAAAAUUUCAGCCCUGGAUGAAAAAAUAUCAAACAGCUCUUUAGGAGUUGAACAUUUCAUGCGUGAGAUGGGGCAGCUUUAUGAAGCUUCAUGCUUCCUUCCUGUUAGUAAUGAAUCUCAUGAGAGAUUUCAUAGACUUCCGAGUUUGGGUGCAGAUCUUCUAUUAGAUGGUAUUCCCCUUGAGCUGGUGGAUGGAGACGCCUCCAAUAUCCCUAUAAAGUGGGUGACUGAUGUUCUAACUGAACUGCAUAAUAAAGUUAUGCAAAAAAGCAGAGUACGGGUUGUAACAGUGUUAGGAGUCCAAGCCACUGGGAAGUCCACCCUCCUCAACACCAUGUUUGGGGUUCAGUUUGCAGUCAGCAGUGGUAGAUGCACAAGAGGUGCCUUUAUGAUUUUAAUUAGAGUAAAAGAAGAACUUAUAAAAGAGCUGAGUUGUGAGUUUAUCUUGGUAAUCGACACUGAAGGUCUCAAAUGUCCAGAGCUGGCACAACUAGAAGAGAGCUAUGAACAUGACAAUGAGCUCGCAACACUGGUGGUGGGACUGAGUGACAUCACAAUAAUAAACAUUGCAAUGGAAAACUCCACAGAAAUGAAGGAUGUCCUACAGAUCGUGGUGCACGCCUUUCUCAGAAUGAAGGAAGUGGGGAAGCAACCAAAAUGUCACUUUGUCCACCAGAAUGUGGCAGACGUCUCUGCUGAUGACAAAAACAUGCGGGACAGAAAAGUGCUUUUAGAUCAACUGAAUGAGAUGACAGUUGUUGCUUCCACAAUGGAGAAGCAGAAUAUCGACAGGAAAUUCACCGAUAUAAUGGAGUACGAUCUGAAGAGAAAUAACUGGUACAUCCCUGGCCUGUGGCAAGGUACUCCACCAAUGGCUCCAGUGAACACCGGCUACAGUGAAACUGUGUAUGAGUUCAAGAAAAGUUUGAUUGAGGUUUUAAAAAGCUGCAAAGAUCAGAAACCUUGUGGAAAUGUUCUGGAAUUCUUGAAAUGGGUGCAGAGUUUGUGGAAAGCUGUUAAAUAUGAGAAUUUCAUCUUCAGCUUCCAAAACAGUCUAGUUGCUGAGGCUUACAGCAAUCUGUGUGUUGAAUAUGGUAAAUGGGAAUGGGAGUUCCAAAAGCACAUGUACCAGUGGCUGGUAAAUGCAGAGACAAGGAUUUCAAAUGCUACUAACCAGCCCUUAAACCUUGAUGAGCUUCUCAGUAGUCUAAUAGACAAGGCAUCUAAAGAACUAACAUCUCAGGAAGAGACAACUCAGAAAAAAUUAACAAAAUACUAUGAAAUAAAAGAUGGACAUGCCAAUCUUGUAGAACGUUACAAAGCAACCUUUGAAAGAAGCAUUGGCACUGUUAAAAUUGAAAUUAAAAACUCUUUGACAAACAAGCUGACAGCAGCUAUUGACUUUCAAAAAGGAAUGAAGAAGGUACAUGAAAUCAAUUUGAAGCAUAAAGCCAUGUUAGAAGAGGAAGUAAUGAAGCUGCUUUUACAGUGCAGGGAAAGGAAUGAUGAAUUAUCUGAAGAGAAACUGAAAGAAGAAUUUGAAAACAUGUGGGAAAUGACUGUGGCUGCAUUUAACUUCAAAGGUUUAGAGGAGCAAAACAUUGUAUUAAAUGUUAAUAGCCAACUGAGAAAAAAAUUAGAAAGACAUGCAGGUUUCGUUAACAUGGUGCUAAAUGAGACCACAGAUUUGACUACAGUUGGAAACGCACAGUUUAAUGUAACUGAUGAACACUUCAGUUGUGCAGGGCUCCAGGGAUCAGUUCCUGAUCAUGUUAAGAGAGAAGCACAUACAAAGUCACAGUCUGUAAUACAACACUGCAAAGAGUUCAUAUUAGACAAGCAAGGCCGUAAAGCUGACUACCAUGAGACCUACACCAGAGAGCUGUUAGAAAUGAUAGAUGACAAGCUGAGGGAUUUUGAGGGACUGCGGACCACUGCUCAGUUUGAAGUUGAUCUAAAGCUGCAUAUCUGUGGGUUUGCUGCCAGGGAAUUCCAACAGAUGCACAAAGAUUUCAUUGCAGCCAGUGAUCCUCGGAAACACCUGGAAAAGUCCAAACUGCAGUACUGUUCUGAUUUCAUAGAUCUUUACCAUAAGAAAGAUCAGAGCUUAAAGAAGGCAGAAGAAUUCACUGAGCGCUGCCUGAAGCCUGCAGUAAGACAGUAUGUCAACAAAGCCCUUGGGAUAGAUAUUGUGGAUGAAAUGCGGACUGGCAAACACUCUGUGGAAUACAGCACCCGGUCAUACUUCCAGCAUUCCAUUCUGAAGCAGCUUCUGAAUGAAGGUGAUUUUAAUAAAUACCUGUCUUUCAUUAGAAACGAUGAGGGUUUUGUCAAGGAAUGGAUAUUUAAAUGUAUUACUGAGCAGCUUUCUAAAGAUAAAACUCUCUUAAAUUUAGAAAAGAAACGUCUUGAAACAAUAACAAAGAAAAUACAAGCAGUUAUUGAAAAAACAAAGAAAGAAACCCCAGCAAACACAACAAUUACAAAGUUCAUUGAAAGUGUCUGCAGUGAUCUGAGCAGUGAUAUUGUGAUUUCCACAAAAGACCUUGGAAUAAUCCAGGAUAGUACAAGUGUGGAGGAGUUCACUAAACAUCUUCAAUAUUAUGCUGGUGACUUGAUGAAAACUCUAACUGAGGAAUAUUCUCAGGGAGGUGAUAUCAGGAAGAAACUUGACCGUCUUCCAUUCAAACCACAGGAUGAGCUCUUCAAUAGGGUGUUUGGCUGUGGAAAGCUGUGUCCGUUCUGCAAGGUGCCCUGUGAGGCAGGAGGCAAGGAGCACAAACAACACCACGCAUCAGUGCAUCGACCACAAGGGCUGGGUACGGUCAGAUGGUCACAUUCUCAACAUCUGGCAGUAGAAUUAUGCUCAACUGAUGUACAGAGUGAUGGCAGAUUUUGUUCUUGUGACACGGGUGGGAACAAUCAUCCCUACAAAGACUAUCGGAAAAUCUACCCUGACUGGAGCAUUGCCCCUGAUUCCAGUGUUGAAGCCUCUGACUACUGGAAGUACGUGAUGACUACAUUCAAUGAACGAUUUUCAGUGGAAUAUCAUGCACAGCCAGCUGAUAUCCCUGAGACAUGGAAAACAAUAUCAAAGGACCAAGCGCUGAAGAGUAUAAAUGAGGUGUUUAACAUGAAAUAAACAAGCAAGAGCUAAACAGUGAAGUACUCCUGCAAAAUGUUGGAUGGAUGAAACAGAAACUGACUUGUUAGAACCACAUCCCCCCAUCCAUCACCCCCCAUCCAAUAAUGAUUUUCUGAGAAUUUGCUCUCUAUGCUUUACAUUGCCUGAUUUCUUUAGAUUUUCUUUUGACACUAUAGAACAUGUGGGUGGGACGGUGGUUAGCGCUACUGGUUCACAGCUCCAGGGUCCUGGGUUCGAUUCAGGCCUCAGGGGUCUGUCUGAGUGGAGUUUGCAUUUUCUCUGGGUACUCCAGUUUCCUCCCACAGUCCAAAGACAUGCUGUUCAGGUUUAUUGGUCACUCUAAAUUGCCCUCUGUGUGUGUGUGUGUGUGUGUGUGUGUGUUUUGAGGUGUCCCGUCCAGGGGUGUAGUCCUGCCUUGCGCCCUGUGUCUGCCAGGUUAGGCUCCGGCUCACCGCGACCCUCUAAAGGAUUAAGCAGGUAUGAUAAUGGAUGGAUGGAAUAUAGAACAUUUGAAUUAUGCGAU